CUCUCUCCCUCCCCCCAACCUUGUCCAGAAGCAACCUCUGUCCUGCGAGCCCCAGUUUGCAGGCUCAGCCUUCUGUCAGUGGUUGGUUAGAAAGCUCCCGGGCGGACCCCCCGACCCUCUGUCUUUCUAGCUCCUGCCGGACUGAUUCCAGAAGAGGAAUUGGAAGGAAAAGAAGCGGAGGGAGGCAUGAGUACCGAGUCGAUGCAGCCGAUCUUCCUCCAGGGAGAGGAUUGCAAGCCAGUCUGGAAGGAGGCCCAGGCAGGCUUCGAUUCCAGCAAUUGCCACCUGCAAAUCCUGGGCAAGCCAGUGAUGGAGCGCUGGGAAACACCAUACAUGCAUUCUCUGGCUGCUGUGGCCUCCUCUAAAGGGGGCCGGGUGCUGGAGGUUGGCUUUGGCCUGGCCAUCGCAGCCAGCAAGGUGGAAGAGGCCGAUAUCAAGGAGCACUGGAUCAUUGAGUGCAACGAAGACGUCUUCCAGCGGCUGAAAGCCUGGGCUUCACAGCAGCCCCACAAGGUCGUUCCCUUGAAAGGACUAUGGGAAGAGGUGGUGCCCACGCUGCCUGAUGGACAUUUUGACGGAAUUCUCUAUGACACCUAUCCGCUCUCAGAAGAGACCUGGCAUACUCACCAGUUCAACUUCAUCAAGAAUCACGCCUUCCGCCUGCUGAAACCCGGUGGGGUUCUCACCUACUGUAACCUGACAUCCUGGGGAGAGCUGCUCAAAUCUCAGUACAAGGACAUCGAGAAGAUGUUUGAGGACACCCAGAUGGCAGCCCUGGUGGAGGCGGGGUUCAAGAAGGAGAAUAUCAGCACAACAGUGAUGGACCUCAUCCCUCCAGCUGACUGCCGCUACUACUCCUUCCCCAAGAUGAUCACCCCCAUUAUCAUCAAACAGUGACAGCCUUCCACCCCUCCCCACAAACCCCCUUAAUCCACUCCAAGGCCUCCGAAGAAAGGUGGGGAAGGGAGGUGAAUUUCCAAUUUGUUUCCAAUCACUACUAAUCAUCCCCCUGCCCCGUCCCUGCUUCCUCCACCCAUCCAAGCUGAGAGGGGAGGUCAUUGAGGCCUGAGGCAGGCCAACUGUUUCUAGUCUGGAUUUUCCCACCCCCACUGGUUUCUAGUCACAUGGUGACUGGGAAAAGAAGGGGUAGUGGGUUGAGUGCCAGCUCUGCUUGCUG